CUCGACUUCUCGCUCUCCAGACGCCUUGACGCAGCUAGUAUCAGGCUAUGAACCUCGUUUUCCCCCCUUCGCUGGGCGUCAUCACUGAAUCCCCCAACCCGACCCCGCAGGACGAACCCGACUCGCUCGAAUCCUCCAUCCACUCGCUUGGCCCGGCCCCGCCUAAAAGAGCAGAAUCGGUCACAAGCAUGGCUGCAGAAACUUUCGACGUUAACGGAGCGUACAUUAGGGCAUUGAACGAUGAGCAGGUUCCACACCCGUUAGCUGCUAUCUUGGCUCUUACCCAACUUAUGGAAGUGUCUACCGCAUCCACUCUAACUGGGCUCCUCACCGAGCUAGUCUCAGCCCGUCGGAAACUGGUAGACACCCAGCCAUCCUUGGGCGUCCGAGCAGGUUGUCAGCUGUUCGAAAGGUUCGUCAGUAGUAGCGGCGCAGGCGAGGAUUUUCCCUCCCACAAACGAUCCCUUAUCGAACAAGGUCGGUCUUUCUGCGCUGUCACCGCACCCGAGUGUAGGCACAAGAUCGCCGAGCUCGCGGUCGGGUUCUUGCGAGACGACUGUGUCAUUUUGACGCACUCGUACUCGAGGACGGUGAUCCAGGCGUUGUUGAAAGCGCACAAGCAGAACAAGCGGAUCAAGGUCUAUGUCGCCGAAGCCAGACCUCAGGGAUUGGGCCUCAAGACGCACCAAAUCCUGACCCAGGCAGGAAUCCCUUGCACGGUGAUCCUCGAUUCGGCCAUCGCCUACAUCCUCGAACGGGUCGACAUCGUACUGGUCGGUACCGAGGCCGUCGUCGAAUCCGGCGGUCUCGUAUCACGUAUCGGGACCUCGCAGUGCGCCCACCUAGCCAGGGCCAUGGGGAAACCAUUUUACGCUCUAGCGGAGAGUUACAAAUUCUUGAGGUAUUACCCCUUGACGCAGUCGGAUUUGCCUAUGCCGAGACGGUGGGGAAGGCGGAUACCACUGGAGUUUGAUGAGCUUGACGAGGAAGAAGAUGAGGAGGAUGUCGAUGAUAGUGAGACGGCAGCUGGAGGGGGCACGGGUCGAUCUCACACGGGAAUGAAUACGCGCUCGAGACUCUCCCGAUCGAACACCACCGCCCCGGCUACUCCCCGCCGAGUUUCCCUCUCGGACAGCGUCUCUGGACCAGGAGGGACUGCCGCGGGUGCUCUGGCGAAUACCGCGCCCGGGUACGAUGUCCGCUGGGAGAUGACGAGAGAGAUGGAGGAGAAGAACCCGUUGGUCGACAUUACAGGACCAGAGUUGGUCGAUCUGGUCAUCACGGAUCUGGGGACGAUCUCGGCUACGGCCAUCUCUCAGUACUUGGUCGCCUUGUUCUCGUCAUAGCCUCCACCUGCAUGUGGUCGGAGCGGUUUAUGUUGGUUGUAUCAUAGUGUAUUUGGCGACGAUCCGCCUAGAUGGAGAGUGAAGGAGUUGACAAGUUUCACGUGAGAGCUCUGACUCCCCCUUGAUGAACGUUGAUCGUUUCAGCUUGUCGUCGCUGUCACGCGGAAGCUUUCCGUGAUCCGUGGGCGUGAUUGAUCUUCCAAAGGGUGUCGACGAGAGGUAAACAAACAAAAGGGGAAACAGAGAUCAUCACCCUCAUCAUGACGUCGUGUGUCAUUACGAUGUUCUCUCUUCUCCAGCUUGUCA